AUGGACUUCUCCGGUUCAACUGAUUACCCCGCCGACUCGGCAUACAGCCCCCAUAUCGUCAAUGAACAAGAACAACAACCAGAAGAAGAUGCCACGGUGGUUCAGAAUGGUCAUCACUCUCACGCCCCGGCUGCCACUCCCCCUAUAGACCAUGACCCCAAUCAAAGAUACAAUUCACCGAAUCUGUACCAGCAACCUAGUUCGAGACCGGGCUCUGGAAUGGGUGGGCAGCAACAAACACAGAACCAGGAAAACAGACAAUCACAACCCGCCAACAAGAGCAGCGUGGUGAUCAAGGUCGGAAUGGUUGGUGAUGCCCAGAUAGGCAAGACCAGCUUGAUGGUCAAAUAUGUCGAGGGCAGCUGGGAUGAAGAUUAUAUCCAGACACUGGGCGUCAAUUUCAUGGAAAAGACGAUUUCCAUACGCAACACCGAAAUCACCUUCUCGAUCUGGGAUCUUGGUGGCCAGCGAGAGUUCGUCAACAUGCUACCCUUAGUCUGCAAUGACGCCGUCGCCAUCCUGUUCAUGUUCGACCUCACCCGAAAGUCUACCCUCAACAGCAUUAAGGAAUGGUACAGGCAAGGCCGAGGCUUCAAUAAAACAGCUAUUCCCUUCUUGAUAGGCACCAAGUAUGAUCAUUUCGUGAAUUUCCCCCGCGAGGACCAAGAGGAGAUCAGCAAUCAGGCUCGACGAUUCGCAAAAGCAAUGCGCGCCAGUCUCAUCUUUAGCAGUACCAGUCACAGCAUCAACGUGCAAAAGAUCUUCAAAAUCGUCCUCUCCAAGGCCUUUGAUCUGAAAUGCACUAUUCCUGAAAUCGAGAAUGUCGGAGAGCCUCUGCUCCUGUACCAAUCAGUGAAUUGA